CUCACCAACGAAUUUACCUGCCUAGGUGAUGUGCUAAGCGAAGUCGCAGUCAUGCUGAAGGGUUGUCACUCCCCAGACGUGGUUACUAAAUUUCGGAGCUGACUAACAAAGGAUGAAGGACCUUAACAGAUCUCAAGGCUGGAUGCCACAAAUCCGUCGAAACUCACCCAUGCCAUUGGUUGUGGGUCACCUAACCCAGGUUUUCACCUGCUCAGAUCCAGAGGCCAGAGGUGCCGAGGAACCUACUCCACCGCCUUCAAAAACACAUCCUGUGGAUGACAGCGAAACUGAUGUGGUCAAUCAGAUCCUUGGGGACUUUGGUCCUUGGCAGCUUCGCUCCCUGCUAAUCUUAUUCCUGUGCAAGAUUCCCGCCGCCUGGUUAAUGGCAUGUAUCCUGUUCACGGCUCCAGAUCUCUAUCCCAUGGAGGAAUAUACCUGCGACACCAGCACAUUCGGCCCUGCUGACAAUUGUUCCGUAUCUUUGGAUCACUGCUAUGUGAUGGUCGAUUACGGAGACUCUGGAUACGCCAUGCGUCAGUGCCGCAAGUUUCUAUACACCACCGGAUUCCACUCCCUGACCAUGGAAUUCGAUCUGGUGUGUUUGUGUGACUUUUUUGUGGCCUGGUCCCAGUACUGGCAUCUUUUUGGGCUGCUCAUUGGCGGUGUAGCGGCUACGAAGUUGAUGCGAGUGCUCAGUCCCCGCCAAAUUUAUGGCACUGGUAUUUGGUGCCUUCUGAUUUGUAGUCUGCUGAUGGGCCUGGUCAAGGACUUCAGUCUACAUUGUGGUCUUCGUUGCCUGGCUGCUGUUUCCUGCUGCUUUAUGAUCACCUCGGGACAGACCAUAUUUAGCGACUUAACAGGAGGUAGCCAUCGACUGUCAGCCCUCUUGCUCUACGAUUGCUUCUGGGCCCUUGGAUUGAUCGUGCUGCCUGGUCUCGCCUCAGGAGCUCCCAGUUGGCAGCACAUAUACCUUGGGGUAACUCUCUGUCUUCUGGUGAUAGUCUUCCUACUGCCCUGGGCUCCGGACUCACCUCGAUGGCUGCUUCAGCACACCAAGGACAAUCAGUUGGCUAUUGAAAAAACAGUGGAAAUUUUACUAGAAGCAGCAAGGAUGAAUGGAAGCUUCCACAAGGUUUCCAAGGAGCUGCCCCGGCAGCUGGGCCAGUUGAGAGAGAAGUUACAGGAACACACGCACUCCGUCCAGUGGAUGGAUUUGUGGCUGGGGCAGAAGAAGAGGAAAGCCAGCUUCCAUUUGGUGGCUGUCCACAUGGCGUUGGCCACUUUUAUGAUAGUGCACACUGGACUGCUCCUCCACGUUCGCUCCUUUGGCAGGGAGCACCUAGUGGCCAACACCCUGUCGAUGGGCCUGGCCGAGAUGAUGGGCUGUUUCUUGGCCAUGUUCCUGACAUUCCGGAGGAACCAGAGCAAGUGGCAGUGGGCAGGAGUGUUCGCCAUGACAGUGGGUUUCAUAGGCAGCAUUUGCUGGUUUCUAGCCGAGGAGGCGAUGCCCGAGGUUUACGGCCUCACCAUGGGAUGGCUAAUGGCCUCCCUGCCCCAGGCAGCAGUGUCAUGUGCCCAGUCCAUGAUCCUGGCAUGCUUGGGGGAGCUGGUGCCCAAAGAACAGAGAAGCUGCCUCGCCUUCUCAGUCGUCACUUGGGCGCGGGUGUGGCAGCUAUCCGCCUCUUUCCUCACCCUACUGCGACAGGUGAGCCCCGCCCUCUCACUGACCGCCUUCUGUCUGCUGGUCAUCCUGGGCGGUCUCUGCACCAGCUGUCUAAGUACUCCGACGGAUAGUUCGGAACCAGACGAAGCCCCAGCUCAGAGGAAUCAACAGCUUAUCGCGUAUACGUAGUGGUGUCUGAGCCAAGUUAGACUUAGUGUCUAUCAAGUAUUUGCUAUCAGUAUUCGAAUUUAACUCGUUGAACUUUUUUUUAGUAUGAACAUGACUUAAUAAAGAUAUCUGUCUUAUUAGUUAAAAAUAAAGAUACAUAUGUACAAUAAAUAAGAAAAAAUGUAUGCAAAAAUACUUUUAUUUUCCACUAUAACCAAAUGGAAUUGAAACCAAUGUCCCUCAAGCCCUGGACAUACCCGCCCACCGCCACCAUACGCUAAGCUGACACACUUAUACAUGU